GGACCUACUUCAACGCCCAAAGAUUGGUAUCGGUUAUUGAUAUCUAGUCUCUGGUCAUAGUGGAGUCUUCUGUUGUUGCACUUUCCAUACCCCCACUAUGGUAUCGAUAGCGCAAUCCACUCCGAAUCAACUCCGACCCACCCCGCCCAUAGGAUCGUCCUCUUACACGACCUACUGCGACGACACACGAGGAUUGGAAUAACGUUCACAACAGGUGUGCGAUUCGAGUUUCUAAGAUGACUUCGGCGAUUCCAAACAAUGAAACAACGCACACUUCCGCCCCUGCGGAGGAUGCGUUCACCAAUUACGUCUCAUAUCUGGACCUCGAGACAGAGAGUCCUCGUAUCGGCCACUACGACCUCAGCAACGACAACAUACAACCCUUGAGCUUCCUGUCUGGGACCGCCAUCUCGAACUUGUAUCAGAUCAUAGAAGCACAGUCGUCCCAUGCCAACAGAGCAGGUUCCCAAAUCAUCAAGUCAGGCGACACGUACCCUGCCACUUCAGUCAAGAUUCUACCUCCUUUGACCGGGCGCGAUGUCCUCUGUGUAGGGAAGAAUUAUGCUGAGCAUGCUGUCGAAUUCAAUUCUAGUGGAUUUGACAGCAGCGACAAGGUAGAUCAACCGUCGCACCCAGUCAUCUUUACUAAGAGAUAUACGUCUAUUAUCGCCCACGGAGAGGAGAUCUUACUCCACCCUGAGUUCACGAAUACGGCGGACUAUGAGGGUGAGAUUGGGGUCAUUAUCGGGAAACCAGGGUUCCGCAUAGACGAGAAAGAUGCAUUGGACCAUGUAUGGGGAUACACAAUUAUCAACGAUGUGACUGCUAGAGAGCGUCAGAGGGAUCACAAGCAGUUUUAUAUAGGGAAGAGCCCGGAUACGUUCUGCCCUAUGGGACCGAUCGCUGUGCCGGCUUCUAAACUCGAGAAGGUAUUAAGCGUACAGACACACGUCAAUGGAGAGCUGCGCCAGAAUGCUACUACGAAGGACCUCAUCUUUUCGAUACCGUUCUUGAUCAAGACUAUGUCGGAAGGACAAACACUGAUGCCAGGUGACGUGCUUGCUACUGGGACGCCCGCUGGUGUUGGCUUCGGGCAGAAACCACCUGUCUAUCUACAGCCUGGAGAUGAGAUCGACGUGUCCGUCAGUGGUCUAGGAACCCUCACAAAUCGAGUCGCAUCACUAUCAGCACCGAAUCGGACAUUGGAGCGCUUCCAGGCAAAUACGUCUUCUUUCCCACUUGUCACCACUUCGAAACUUCCGCAAUUGAAAGGAUUGACUACAAUAAAUGGAAAACCGAUAUACUAUAAAGUGUCUGGUAAAGCUGAUGGCCCACCAAUUGUAUUCGUACACGGCCUCGGCGCAACUAGCGAGUACUUCAGCCCUUUGAUUAGCACAAUGAAUCUCAAUCAGAAGUACAAGGUACACCUCUACGACUUUGAAGGCCACGGCCUAUCGCCGACCCAUCCUCUCAGUAUACUGAGUAUCAGAUCAUUAGCUGCAGAUCUGAACUGCAUCUUCGAGCACGCAAACAUUUCCGCCAACGCUACGAUUGUAGCUGACUCGAUGGGCGGCUACAUCGCACUCCAGUUCGUUCUUUCGCACCCAGGCAAGGUCUCUAGACUCAUCCUGCUAUCGCCCCCGCCGUCUCCGCUACCAGAAGCACUGGGUAAGCGGCUCUAUAGGAUUGCAGAUAUCGCAAGAAGCUACGGGAUGUCGGCGGUAGUCGACUCUGCUGCUAGUUCCACAGAGCCAGACUCUGUGACGAUGCUGAAGCCGCUUGCACUCGCUGCCAGGCGUAUCUCACUGCUGGGUCAGGACCCUGAGGGAUACGCGAAAGCUUGUGUGGCUUUCGGCAGGGCGACGGAGACAUUAGGUAGUGACGAUAAGGUCCAGCCAGGUGUCGCAUAUUUGGCGAAAAAUGUCAAGGUGUUGACUAUCGGAGAGAGUCGACAAGACAGGCCUGAGUUUGACUUAAAUAGCGUCUAUGGAGAUACGUUGAGCGAUGGAGAGUGGACCAGGAUCUUGGACGUGGGAGGGCAUUGGUCUGUCUUUCAGGACCUUGAUGGGGUGGUUAAGGUGCUGGAUGGUUUUUUGCAUGAGUAGAAUGAGCUUCAUGGGGUCCCA